AUGUCCAUACGGCCUGCCUCUUCCCGGCCUCCCCAGGCCCCUGGGGCCAAGAUCGACUUCAAUGCCCUCAGGGCACCAGCCAACUAUGGCGGGGACGACGACUCCAAGUUUGAUGAGUUCCUGGGCAACGAUGGGGGCGUGCUGGCCGGGACGGGGGCCUACGACGACGAGGACCGGGAGGCCGAUGCCGAGCACCGCGACGCGCGGAUGAAGGAGGAGCUGGAGCGCUUCCGCGCCGCCAACCCACGCAUCGGCGACCUGUUCACGGACCUGAAGCGCGGGCUGGCGGAGCUGGACGCCUCGGCCUGGGAGGCCAUCCCCGAGAUUGGGGACACGACGGUCAAGCGCGCGCGGCGCGCCGAGAUCUUCACCCCCGUCCCCGACUCGCUGCUGGCGCGCGCGGCGGCCACCGCGGGCGACGCCCCCGGGCUGACCAGCCUGGACCCCGGCGGCGUGGGGCCCGGCACGGAGACCCCCGGCGCCGCCACCAGCCUGACCGCCAUCGGCGCGGGGAGGAGCACCGUGGUCCAGCUCAAACUGGACCGCCUGUCGGACUCGGUCACGGGGCAGACGGUGGUUGACCCGCGUGGCUACCUCACCGACCUCAAGUCGGUGACGCUCAAGUCGGACGCGGAGAUCUCGGACAUCAAGAAGGCGCGCCUGCUCCUCAAGUCGGUCAUCAAGACCAACCCCGCCCACGGGCCGGGCUGGGUCGCCGCCGCGCGGCUGGAGGAGGUGGCGGGCAAGCUCCCCGCCGCGCGCGAGCUGGCUCUGAAAGGCUGCGAGCUCGCGCCGGGGUACGUCGACGUCUGGCUGGAGGCCGCGCGCCUGCAGGAGCCGGAGAACGCGAAGGCCAUCCUGGCGCGCGGCGUCGCCGCGCUGCCUGAAGCAGUCACGUUGUGGAUGGCGGCGGCCAAGCUUGAGACCAGCGACGAGGCACGCAAGCGCGUGCUGCUGCGUGCCCUGGAGCGCAUCCCGCAGUCGGUCCGCCUCUGGAAGGCCGUGGUCGAGAUCUCUGACGAAGACGACGCGCGGAUUCUUCUGCACGUGGAGCUUUGGUUGGCGCUGGCGCGACUGGAGAGCUACAAGAAUGCGCAAAAGGUGCUGAACCGCGCGCGCCAGGCCAUUCCCACCUCGGCCGAGGUCUGGAUCACGGCGGCCAAGCUGGAGGAGAGCGCGGGCCAGGCCGAGGCCCCCGCCAAGAUCAUCCCGCGCGGCCUGAAGUCGCUGCAGGCCAACGGCGUGGUGCUGGACCGCGAGUGGUGGCUGCACGAGGCGGAGGCCGCGGAGCGCACCGCGCCGCCCCUGCCCGCCACCUGCCGCGCCAUCGUGGCGGCGGGGGUGGACGAGGGCGUGGAGGCCGCGGGCUCGGAUAACUUCGUAUUAUGGGUGCUGGUCUGCCCACUCCCUCACACCUCUGUGCCAACCUACAGGAUGAUCCUGGCAAGGGCCCGGGAGCACCCGCCCGCCUCUACCCAGCGCGUGUGGAUGAAGAGCGCCAUCGUGGAGCGGGAGGCGGGGGACGCCGCCGCCGAGGCGGCGCUGCUGGAGGAGGGCUUGACCAGGUUUCCCACCGCCUGGAAGCUGCACCUCAUGGCAGGGGCGCUGGCGGAGCGACAGGGCGAGGUCGAGCGCGCGCGUGCCGCCUACCACGCGGGCAUCAAGCGCUGCCUGGACUGUGUGCCGCUGUGGAUCGCCGCCGCGGCGCUGGAGGAGCGUGAGGGUGCCCUGGCCCGAGCCCGCGCUCUGCUGGAGCAGGCGCGGCUGAAGAACCCCGGGCAGCCGGCGCUGUGGCUGGCGGCCGCGCGCACCGAGGCGCGCGCCGGCAACGCCAAGGCCGCCGAGGCGGUGCUGGCGCGCGCGCUGCAGGCCUGCCCCGACUCUGGUGCGGUGUGGGCGGAGAGCAUCCGCGCCGCGCCGCGCCCCGCGCGCCGGAGUCGCUCCGUGGACGCGCUCAAGCGCUGCAACGACGACCCCGCCGUCGUGGCGGCCGUGGCGCAGCUCUUCUGGGGCGAGCGCAAGGUGGAGAAAGCCCGCUCCUGGUUCGACCGCGCGGUCACCCUGGACCCUGACGUGGGCGACCACUGGGCGCUGUACUUGCGCUUCGAGGCCGCGCACGGCACGCCCGAGGCGGCGGCCGCUGUGCUGGAGCGCGCGGUGGCGGCCGAGCCACGCCAUGGCGAGCGCUGGCAGGCGCUGGCCAAGGACCCUGUGAAUGCGCACCAGCCGCUGGGGACGCUGCUCAAGAAGCUGGCACAGACCAUCGAGAAGGACAUGGCCAUGUGA